GAAGCGGAUCAUGGCUGAACGGGUGAGAUGUCUCUACUGUUCUUAAGUAACGUUACAAGUUUAAAGAGUUCUUCUGGUCCGCGUUCGUGGUUAACUUCACUACACUUACGAAUGAUAUCAGACAGUGAUGAGGAUGCUCCUCUAUCAGGUCAUCCGAAACAACGUCCCAAACGCAGAUGUAUUAUCGACCCCUCAUCUAUCACAACAGUACCUGUUUACUCCAACAAGGUAAACAGUUCCUUAAAUCUGAAGUCAGUAACCUUCCAACAAACCAGUCUCACAGAGGAAGAAAAAGGUGGUCCUCUUUGGUCUCCUUCUCCAUCCCAAACAGAGAAACAGUCAACCAGCAUUCAUCUGAGCGACUCAGAGGAGGAGCCACAACAGACUAAAGCUCAGGAAAUUCUUCGGUCCCCCUCUCCACCCCCUCCACCAUGCAGUCCACCAGUCAAACAGAGCACACAAGCAAACCGAAAAAUCAAAGAAAUCAACAGGAAAUUGGAUGCUAUUGGCUCUCUUGUGUGUCUUUCACCUGCGUAUCAAGAACCUGUCGUUGAAUAUAGAAACUCCCCUUCUCCCGUAAACGACUAUGAUGAAGAUGAUGAGAUCAUCAUCAUUUCUGACACGAAACGAAAACGCCCCCUGAGUACUGAGGACAGAGACGUGGCACGGGAAAUUUCACUAAAAUUCCGUUGCCGAACAGAAUUGCACAAAAUCCCAAUACUUUCUACAGCUCCUUUGAGUAAAGCUGUGGAACAGCUGUCGAUUAAACUUCAUGUUCUGCCCAGCCAAAUCUUGUUAUUAAGGAAAGAUGUUGAUCUUCCGGUUCACUCCUCAGUCAGUGAGCUGGGACUUGGCAUAGCUGACAUCAUAGACUGUGUAGUAACAGAGGAUAAACAAGAAGUGAGAAAAGAAUGUGAUGUCAUUACCGUACGACUUCAAGGCAAAGAGAAAGGAUCGGCACAGGCCUAUUCAGUGAAAAAGACUGCUCCUCUAGGAUCCAUCCUGUCUCAGUAUGUCUCUGGUCUGGCUGCCAGUGCUAGGCGGAAGGUUAAAUUCCUCUUUGAUGGGUCAAGGGUCGCACAUAAUCAGACUCCAGCUGAGCUGGACAUGGAGGAUGGUGAUGUCAUUGAAGUUUGGGCUUAACUGUCCGUGUUGUUUGGUGUACUACCCAACACCAUGUUCUAUAUGUAAUGUAAUAUUUGUAAAUGUCUAAAAGAAUGGUUUUUGGAGGUCAGACCGUCUUAUCGACCAUGCUUAAAAACAUACCACAGAAAUUCUUUUUAGGUUUCAUAUACAUUAUAUAAAUUUGACGUCCUUUUGUGAAAAUAAAAUUCAAGGAAUUUUUACAUUGUUUACAUAAACCAGAUUUAUUUAAGAAUUUUUAGAAUGUACAUCAUUGUUAAUAUAGUGUUGACAUGAUUGAAAGAAAUUAAUAAAUUGAGUUUUCUUAACAUGGCACUUCAUUUACUGUCUAUGACCUAAAUGUGGAUCUAAAUCCCAGGUGUUAGUCUUUAUUCAUGUGAACUGAUGUUAUCUCACGCUAUUGAUCAGGUCAAACUAUUAAUCACUGCUUUACCAAUAGGUCAUGCUGAUAAAACACUACUGAUUUCACUGCUGGUUUUGUUAGAAUAUUUUGUUAGUGCUUGAUGAAGUAACGUAAUAAACUAUAAAGACCAAAUUAGUUGUAGACCAUCCAAAUUUAGACCAUUGUCCCAGUCACAAAUUU